UGAGAUGUCAGUUCGUUUUGGUGCACACAGCAUGCAUUGCAUUAUGAAACUAUUCUUUUUGACAUCUUGAAGAGAAAACAUAGAGCGAACUUGAGGCCACGCGUGAUCUGCAUCCAAUAGCUCGCACAUGCUUCGGCCAUCUGCUUUCAUCUACGCGCGCUAAAAAGGACGAUGCUUAGCCACCUCUCGCAACACACGCAGCCUCUCCAACGUCUCGCGAGACUUUCGAACAUGCUAUAUAGACUUUUUUACAUAUAUAUUUAUAUUCAUUAAUUAUUACCAUUUGACAGUAGCGUUGUAGUAACGCCACCAAAUUUAGCGAAGUAAAAGUAUAGUUUUUUCAUUAGAAAUGCCCUUGAGUAAGAGUAAAAUACUCAUUCUUAAAUAUACUCUAAAAAGAACUUGUACUCAAGUAAAUGUAACAAAGUAAAUGUAAUUCUGAGGAAAUAUACUUGAUUUGAUCAAACUUUUGAAACUAUUGCAUUGAAUGAAUCAUUCAGACUGACUGAUCUGCUGUCUUUGAUCCCAUUUGUAGAGAAUUUGGCUUUCAGUGGAACAGUUAUACAGUCAUCCACAUAUUGGGAAGCUCAAAAUGCCAUAGAUGGUGAAACUGCAUGCUGCAUGCUUACAGUAUAUCAAAGUGACCCAUGGUGGAGGUUGGAUCUUCAGAAUAAAUAUGAUAUUGGCACAGUAAUCAUCACUGCUAGACCAGACCGUUAUGAUCUAGCCAAUGGAGCAGAGAUUCGCAUUGGAAACUCCCUGGAAAACAAUGGAAACAACAAUCCCAUAUGUGCUGUAACUUCUGGAUUUCUAUCUGGUCAAACUCUCAGUUACUCGUGUAAUGGGAUGGAGGGACGCUAUGUGAAUCUGGUCAGGACUGGACUUGUGGAUUAUCUCUCUCUAUGUGAAGUGGAGAUCUAUGGAAAACGUCAUAUGAAAAAACAACUUUUGAGACUGAAAUUGGUCUCCAGUGUAAAUGCAGCGGCUGUGAGUGAUCAAAUCCUCAAGCAGCUGCAGUCUGCUCUGUCUCUACACAUCUCUGAUUUUAAACUGUCCUGGAAACAACUUCCUUAUAAAGAGAAGGUGAAGGUGAAACAACAGAAGAACACAGGUUCUUGUGCUAAGAUACUUACCUGAGAGAUACAGAUGAUGUCUUUUUAUUGACUUAUUUACAGUACAUUAUUGUUCUUGCUGUGUUUCAUUUGAAGUGUCUAGCUGAAAUGUAACAUGUUUAAACUUGACUGUGAAUAUGACUGUGGAUAGGUUUAAAUCACAUACAAUACGCACUUUAUUUACUAGUAGGAUGAAUUAAAUUACACAAUAUAUUAUGUCAUGAAAUGAUUUUAUAUAAUAGACACAAUCAGUCAAACCUACUCUGUACUUUAGCAAACCAAUGGACAUCCUUACAUUUAUUUUCAGAUAAAUUGUUAACGUACAGUACACAUAACUAAUAAUCACCAUAGAUUUUAUUUAGACCUCGGUGUAAAUUGUUCUCUCUUCUAUAAUAUAUCAAUAAUAUAAUACAAGACUUGCUAUAAAUCUGAUGGAGAGCCAUAAAUGUCAGUGUCUGAACGACUCAUCCACUUGUGUAUGAUUUACAUCUAAUCAUUAUAAAAUUACUAAUAUAUUUUGGAAAAAUGAAUAUGUUUCACUACAGAUGACUUGUAUUGCAUAUUAUGUAAAUGAGUUACCAUCAUUGUAAUUGUAACUGCGGUCAUACUGGACAUGAUGUGUUUUUGUCCCUCCAAUGUGCCUCUCUGUCCCUCAAUUCUAUCAUCAUUCGUGUUGAAAACAUUUUGUACAUCUCCCUCCGCUUUUUGCUCAUGCAUGAAGCUGUUAUUUUAGUUUUAUUCUGUAAAAACAAAGACUUGUUAAUGUUUAAUGUUCAUUUAACUUUGCCAUUAAAUUAACAUACAACUACAGUAAGUUACUUGCAAACAGCUGUAUGUCGCUCUUCCUCUUCAUAUGGACUGUUUCCCUCACACAGCAUAAUAAAUAAUGACUAGUAAAUGUACAAAAAUGACAUUUAUAUAUCCUAAUUGUGUAUCCAGCCAAACAACAAUCCAGCAAACUGUAAGUAACAUAUGUCAUUUAAAUACUAUUUUGCAACUGGUAAUGAACCGGUCAUUUGUUUUGAAUAUGAGUUGUGAUCACUUUAGUGACUGGUGACUAAAACCUGCCACUUCUUUGCUUCCAAAACAUGAUUUUAUUUCAUAAUGAUGGUUGCUCUGAGCACAACAAACAGCGGAUGAUGUGAGUCGUAUUGUUUUUUAUCCACUUAUAACUUUAAUAUUUGGUAUGUCCACCUUUUGCAGCAAUAACAGCAGCAAAAAUCAGCCCUCAUCCCCAUAAAAAAGGUCAAUACUGUACCUAUAGACCUGAAGACAGCUCACUAAGUGUUUGAAGCCGAGCUAAUACGGUAUGUAUGGAUCGA